GAACAACUUGUGGUCACUUUCGUCGCUGGUUACAUUGCUGGUGUGUUCUGCGCUAUUGUUUCGCAUCCAGCUGACACUGUAGUAUCGAAGUUGAACCAGGAUGCUGGCUCUGGAAUCGGCGGUAUCAUCAAGAAACUCGGAUUUGUUGGACUUUGGAAGGGACUGGUUCCCCGUAUUAUCAUGAUCGGUACACUAACUGCUGCUCAAUGGUUCAUUUAUGAUUCUGUGAAAGUAGCGUUGCACCUUCCUCGCCCACCCCCACCAACUAUGCCCGAAUCCCUAAGAUUGAAGUUGGAGGCUGCGAAAGUCCAUACUCAUUAA